CAAAACUAGGAAAAAACGUUACAGAAAUUUCACCCAACCCAACCCAAAGAUGUUCUGUAAAUUAAUUCAGCGCACUACCCCCAUUAUCUUCUUUCCUAACGCCCUCAUAUCCUAGAAAUUCUUACAUUUCCAUUAAAAAUUCAUUGUGCACCAACCAUUUUUCUUUCCGAAAAUCCAUGGCCAACACUAGAAGGAUCCUCCAUCUUGUGGUAAGGUUUGUGGCCUUUGCAGCAACCUUCUGUGCAGCCAUUAUCAUGGCUGCUAGCCAUGAGAGAGGUAGCAUCUCCACAAUGUCCUUUGAAGCAAAAUACACUGUCUUUCCUUUCUUUGAGUACUUUCUGGUUGUAAACUCUGUUGCCACUGUUUAUGGAUUUUUGGUCCUUUUUAUUCCCACGGAAAGCUUGCUCUGGCAACCCGUCGUGGCCGUGGAUUUGGUUUUGACCAUGGCACUCAUCUCAAGCUUCUCUGCAGCAUAUGCUAUAGGUAUGGUGGGAAUGAAAGGAAACAGUUAUUGGAAACCAAUAUGUGGUUCAAUUCCCAAAUAUUGUGAUAAAGUGACAGGAGCAUUUGUGGCUGAUUUAAUUGCAGUAGUUAUAUACAUAAUUCUUCUAUUAAAUUCCAUUCACACUGCCUUAAACCCUCUCCUCUUGAAAAAAAAAUUGAGCAACUUUUCAGGUUGAGUGUGUUGGAGCAUUGAGAGUAGAGUUUGUGAUAGAUCAUUAGCUGUUGAACCCCAUCAUCCCUUUUAGUUUUUCUCCUUCCCUAAUCCCUUCUCUCUUGUAAUAUUUUCUUUACUUGAAAUUUGUUCUUCAUCCUUCAAAUUUUAAAAUAUCACAAUCACAAUUUGUCUGUAUGAUCUAUUCAGUAAUGCUAUAUGCUA